UUGAGCUGUCGCCGUGAUCGCUGCGGCAGCACGGGCGGAUUUAGAGUGGUGCUCUCUCGACCAGGCUGGGAGAGGCAGGCGCCACUGAAGGCAAAAAGGCCGGCGAAACGCCCACAGCGGAGGCGCAGCACGAGCAGCGAUCCCAGAAGCGAUGCUGCGCCGCACGGUUGUCCUCAUACGACGCGCACAAGCACCACUGGCACGGUAUGGGCGCCAGUCGUCGACGCGCCGCGAGCUCAGCUUCGCCGAGGAGCUCAUGCAGCACCGCAAGACGCAGGGCAAGACCAUCGCUGCGAGGCGCGAGGACGGCGCCGUCGCGUUCCCGAAUUUCGACGCGGUCGACGUCGACGGCACGGCCGUGGCCUUCCCCGCGUUGCUGAAACGACGCGUCACGUUGGUCGGGGUCUCGUUCCGGGCCAUCGGCGCGGCGCAGUCGCGCGAGUGGCUCGAACCAUUUGGUCGACGAGUUUACUUGACUUAUAGAGGGAUGGCGCAUACGGCCACUGCCCAUUGUUCGCUCAUCGAACAGCCCGUGUUUAGGUUCAAGUUUCUGCGGAACUGGCUGCUGAGAGAUUUGCGGAAGGCGGCGACGGACAUCUCCCUGAACACGUGGAAUUGCCUCAAAAUCGGCGACGUCGCUCCCAUAAGACAGGAGCUGGGGCUCGACAACCGAUUGGUGGGCUACGUGUACUUGUUGGAUCAGGAGGGGCGCGUGCGCUUCCGCGGGUCCGGAAGCCCGACGGAGGACGAAUUGCAGCUCCUCUUCCAGGUCACGGAGGAGUGCGUGUCCGAGCGAGAGCGCGUCUGGACGGACGUCGACGAGCACGCGGCCGAGGUUACGUUCGACGUCGACGAUGGUGAGGACCGGGACGCGCGGCUGAAGAGAGAUAGAGGCUUUCGAGCUAGAGCGCGGGACGCGCAGCUGCCGCUCGAGUUACCGGUCUGGGAGGCCGGCGGCGACGUCCCCGAGCCGCUCCCGCGCGUGCCGUGGGACGUCGUCGGCGCGGACGGCGGGCCCGUCGCGCCGCCGCCGCGCAAGCGCGAGGCGUCGCGCGCCGCGCGCCGCGCCGCCGGCCCGCUCUCGACGCAGACGCGGCCCGGGCGGAAGCGGCGGAGACACUAAGUUUUAGGAUACAAUACGCGCUUCCGCACCCACCGCUCGCCGUCGGACCAGCGGAUACUGUCCGCCGGGAAGGUCACCUGGACCAUGCAGUCCAGCACGGCGCUGUUUCUCGCGCUCUCGAAGACUCCCGACUUGCCGGCGACUCGUAGGCCGUCGUCGCCAGCGCUUGACUCGAGUACGCGCCAUCGGCCGUCCUCCUCCGCCUCGACGACGACGGCGCCGUCGCGCGUGACGACUCUGCGUCUGCUCUUGGAUCCCUCGACGUAGUACAGGCCGUCGUAUGUUUGUGCUGGGACGUCAGCACGCGCAGCGAACGGUACGGCAGCUGUUCCAAUCGCAAAUGUCCGCCUGGAGAGUGAUAGUGCGAUUGCUCGGCCGGCGAGGCACCAAAUGAAUAGCGGCUUCGCACGCAGCAUCAUCGGUGUCGUGUAUGUACGUUGUCAAAGUUAUCGAUGCGUAGCUGCAGCCUAUAAUGUGUACGGGGCGAAAACAAAGCG